CUGUCGGCUAAACUAUUUCUCCGUUCGGAACUAAAUUCAAAAUUGAUUUCUCAAUCCUUUUAUUUUGGAAAGGGUCACUUCUGGCGAUUGUGAAAGAACAAUGCCGAGUCUUGUUAACCCGGAAGUGGAGAUGGCGGUCAAGGGCUUCAUUCUCGACCAGGAGAAGAUGGCCGAGGUGGUGGAGCGCAUGACCAAGGAGAUGAAGAUGGGCCUGGCCAAGGACACGCAUCCGCGUGCGGUGAUCAAGUGCUUUGUAACCUACGUACAGGAUCUUCCCACGGGCAAAGAGCGGGGAAAAUAUUUGGCUCUAGAUCUAGGUGGCUCUAAUUUCCGGGUGCUCCUGGUGACCCUGAACAGCGAUUCGGACGUGGAAACCAUUUCAAAGAGCUUUGAAUUCCCAAAGUCCCUGAUGUCGGGAUCGGGCAAGGCACUAUUCGAUUUUCUAGCCGAAUGCCUAUCGGAGUUCUGCAUCGAAAAUGGCGUGCAGGACGAGACGCUGCCACUGGGCUUCACCUUCUCCUUUCCCUGCCAGCAACAAGGUCUUUCGAAGGGCAUCCUAGUGGCCUGGACAAAGGGAUUCAGCUGCGAGGGCGUGGUGGGCAAGAAUGUGGUCACUCUUCUCCAAGAGGCCAUUGACCGGAGGGGCGAUGUGAAGAUCAACACGGUAGCCAUACUAAACGACACCGUGGGCACUUUGAUGUCCUGCGCCCACAGCCAUAAAAAUUGCCGGAUAGGACUGAUCGUGGGGACUGGCAGUAAUGCGUGCUAUGUGGAGAAAACCGUAAAUGCCGAGUGUUUCGAGGGAUAUCAGACCAGUCCCAAGCCCUCAAUGAUUAUCAACUGCGAGUGGGGCGCGUUUGGGGACAAUGGUGUCCUGGAGUUCGUGCGUACAUCCUACGACAAGGUGGUAGACAGGAUAACGCCGAAUCCCGGAAGACAGACCUUCGAGAAGUGCAUCUCGGGCAUGUAUAUGGGCGAAUUGGUGCGCCUCGUUGUCAUCGAAAUGAUCAACAAGGAUGUGAUGUUCCACGGAGAUAAGUCGCAAAAGAUCCAGAAGGCCUGGAGCUUUAAUAGCUCGUACAUAUCCGAUAUCGAGAGCGAUCCGCCUGGGGAAUACCGUUCCUGCAACAAGGUCCUCAACGAACUGGGCAUUAUUGGAAGCCAGGAGUCGGACAAAGAGUCCCUGAAACUCAUUUGCGAGGCGGUCUCCUCGAGAUCCGCCAAGCUAUGUGCCUGCGGACUGGUCACGAUCAUCAACAAGAUGAACAUCAACGAGGUGGUCAUCGGCAUCGAUGGCAGUGUCUAUCGCUUCCAUCCCAAGUACCACGAGAUGCUCCAGUUCCACAUGAGGAAGCUCCUCAAGCCGGGUGUCAAAUUCGAGUUGGUUGUUUCUGAGGACGGAUCCGGAAAGGGAGCAGCUUUGGUGGCGGCCACUGCUGUCCAGAACAAGCCAAAGAUAUAAAUUAUGAGUGCUAGCAACUGUUGACCAGCUAAAUUUAAUCGGCUACAUAUACGAAAAGUACUAUUUAAAAGAUUAAUGCACCAAUGUUAAAUUGCAAAUUUAAAAUUUUAGGUGAACCUUUCAAAAUUAUUAACAUAUUUUGUUUAAGAAUAUACGGAGGAAAAAAAUUUUUGAAGAUCAACAAAACAAUGAAAGUUACAAAUCGAUGUUAUGUUAAUUAAUUAUUAAAAUGGUAAUAUUUCUA